CCGCUCCACUUCGCUCCUUCACUUCGUCCUCUCGCUGCCUGCUGUCACCUCCCUCCGUCCACAUCUGCAGACAGGCGCACUGCUGCGGGGGAAACAUGUUCAGUCACUUGGCACGGAAGAUUUCGCAACUUGUAGUCUACUGACUCUCCACGGACAGCCCUUCAGCUCAGGUAAACUCACCUGGUUCAGACUUCCAGACUCACCUCUAAAAUGGCCCAGCAGAAUCAAACCUGUCAUUAUAAUGAGUCUAUGAGCUUCUUCUAUAACAACAGUGGUGCCUCAGACACUUGGGACAAAACGCAGCUCAUCCUGGUGAGAGUGGUGGGCUCUAUCUUCUGCUGCUUCAUCCUGGUCUCCAACUCCAUGGUCGUAGCUGCUGUCAUCACCAAUAAGAGGUUCCACUACCCUUUCUACUAUCUUCUAUCCAACCUCGCCGCCUCGGACUUCCUGGCGGGCAUAGCGUACGUGUACCUGAUGUUUAACACAGGGGAGUCGUCAAGGACACUCACAGUUAAGGAAUACUUCAUCCGCCAAGGUCUUCUGGACGUCAGUCUCUCCGCAUCGCUGUCUAACCUGCUGGUGAUAGCUCUGGAGCGCUACAUCUCCGUCAUGAACUGGAAAGUCCACAGCAACCUGACGAAGAGGAGGGUGACCCUGCUGAUCGUACUGGUGUGGGCCAUUUCCAUCUUUAUGGGCGCUGUGCCGAGUCUAGGCUGGAACUGCAUCUGCAACAUCAACGACUGCUCCAGUCUGGCUCCCAUCUUCAGCAGGAGCUACCUGAUCUUCUGGUCUGUGUCCAACCUGGUGGUGUUCCUGGUGAUGGUGGUCAUCUACACCAGGAUUUACACCUACGUCAAGAGGAAGACGGCAAUGCUCACGCCGCACACCAGCGGCUCCAUCAACCGCAAGAGGACUCCCAUCAAGCUCAUCAAGACGGUCAUGGUUGUGCUGGGGGCCUUUGUGAUCUGCUGGACUCCCGGCCUGGUGGUUCUGCUGCUGGACGGACUCAACUGCACGGGUUGUAACGUCACAAAAACAAAACGCUGGCUGCUAUUGCUGGCUGUACUCAACUCUGUCAUGAACCCUUGCAUCUACUCCUACAAGGACGAGGAAAUGUGGACAACCUUCAAGAACCUCAUGCGCUGCAUUGGCAACGGCACGCGGCGGCAGCGGUCGACGAAGGCCAACGCCAGGGCUCUCAGCUCGGGUCAGGAUACGGGCAACAGUCAGCCUCCAUCGGAGGAGACAAAAACUGACGAUCAGGGCAUUCUCAAGACCUGAAAAUGGAGCUUGACAUGAAUUAACCAGGACUUCUGUUUAGUCAAACGACUGGACGUACUGUAUGAAGAAGAUUCAGAUUGGAGUUGACUUGAAACCAUAACAGUUGGCCUCAGAUAAAAAUGACUUUCUUGAAGUGACACUGCAGGCCCACUGCUCCAGUGUACUGUAGAUCUUCAGAGACGGAGAUAAGAAGAGGCUUCCAUGCACUACGAAUUCCUGAAAUGGAUGCAAAGACGUGCUUUUCCAUUUUUUUUUCUGGAUUUUACAGUUUUUGGACAUAUACCUCCAAUUCAUGUGCUUUGGGAGAUUCUUGUAGCUUUGAACUGCUCUGCAAUGGCUGAAGAAAGUAAAAAGUACACCGUGAUACAUUUCUACUUGCAAAGGGUAACUUAGCUUUCACAUGUGUAAAUCUGAUGACUUAAAGUUUCAACCUGUGUCACCUUUCACAAAGCUGUAAUAGAUGAUCUAGUUGAGACGUGUUUUAAGACAUGUUUGUAGACAGGUACUAUACAACUUUAGGGUGGCUUAGGAAGUGCACCAUUUUAUAGUUUAUUAUUACUGAAAACACAGCCUGCGUAUAUAUACUGCUGUACCAUAUGUAUCUACCUGUACAUCUUUUUAAAUACUUUCAACAAGAGGUGCAGUAAUUCCAACUGAACGACAGCCGGCAUGAUUAGCAUGCUCAGCAUGGUCUAAUUAUUUUGUCCUUUGAAAUGUAAAGUCUAGAAAAGCACACCCUGUUUUCUGUUGUAAAGCUGGUUUGGCUGUUGGCAAUAGAUAACAAAGUGACUAUUUUCUUGUGCUAGCCUUCAUUAUCAGUUCACCUUAACAAACAGAUAAACUCUUGCCUAAAGCACAUCAUGAAGGCAAACUUGUUCUCCCCGUAGCAUUUUAACACAUUAGCUUCAACUAACCGCUGCUCACCUGUAGCGCAGGAUUGUAAAAUGAUGUUGCAACACACUGGAUUCCUGCUGGAGUUUCAGCAAUACCCUGCAGGAACCAAACAGGAUAUGACUGAAUGGACUACACUCACACAAACCUCCCUCUCUACAGACUGCGCUGACGUCUCUAUUGCUGACAGGGUUCAAAUGGCUUCUUCAACCUGCUGUACAGGCCUAUGCCCCUCCUGUGGUAGCAUCAUGAUAUCAUUAAGGAGUGUAGGAAUACAACAUGUGAGUGGUGAUUGGAAAAACAGCUCCGGUGGUGUUUCUUUUUCGGAACAACAUUUUAGAUGGCCGUACCUUUGCAUAUGAAAAUACAAUUAUUUUUUUUAUAAGUAACCUCUUUUUGAGCUCAUGUUAUUUUUUCCAACAUACCAAUGGACAUGACAUGUCAUGAUAUGAUACGGAAACAGCAAGCAGCACAGUGGCUGAUGUCACCAAAGGGAUUCAAACUUUAUUAUUCUUUCACACACACAUACAGGUUUUGGGCCGAGGGCGACACCGUACUUCCGGUAUCCGCCAUUUCACACGAGGUGCAAGCAGAAUAUCAUAGUCGACCGAAGGCCACUUUCGAGAGUCGUUUUUCCAUACAUCUGCAGGCAGUCUGUAAGGGCAAUCGGACAACCCACACAGCUCUAGUUUACGCUGGUAAUGACCAAGAGCACACCCCUCAAGUCCAGAGAUGUAAUCCGAAGACAUGCAGCGAUUUCUUCGGUCGUUAAUUCAGAAAAAAAACCUAGUGCGCUCUGCCUGGCUACGUUACCUAGCUGUUUAUAUUAGCACCUCCAGGAUAUUAGCACCUCCAUGAAAAUGACGUAUUUAUAUAUAUAUAUAUAUAUAUGGCGCGCGUUGCAUUGUGGGUAGCUCGUGACGUCACUGUGUGUGAAAGAAUAGUAAUGGGGUAUCAUUUUCACUAGUAUUUAUAGGAACCUUUUAAUAUGAACAUCCGUCAAAUUACCGAAAGUGGUUCCAAUUAUAUUUUUUAUAAAAAUGAUUUACAAUCUUAUAGAGAAUGUGAAUGUGGCUGUGUAUUUUCAAAUUCUAGCGCAGUCGAGCUGGUUUCUCCAAAAUUACCUACCCCACCUUUUAAUAAUGCAUUUUCUGGCAUUAUCUUCAAUUUUGCCCAUGCUAGCAGCAAUUUUAGGUAGCUUGAUUUUGAAAUGCUAAAGCCAAGGUAGCAUUACUUUUUAAACUGUUAACAAUCGGGUAUCUAUUGCUGUUGCAGGAUUUAUUAAUUCACAUACAAUUAUAGGAUGGCCAACCCAUCUGCCCUGCCCGAGCAUUCAUUGCUCAUCACCAGUAUUCCUCAAGCUGCUUACUUGAUAGCUGUGAUGUACUCCUAGUCCUAACAAUAGCCAUGUUAGUUGUUUAUGUUUGUAGUGAAGAUUUAAGAGGCUUUUGAGUAACUUCAACUGAAUGGGACUGGUAUGCUCGGUAUUUGGCCAACAUUGCAACUUAUUUUCUAGAUUCAACGCGUUUUGGAGCUAGUGCUGCUAGCUAUUUUCAUUCACUGAAAAUGCUAACGUUGUUGCCACCUGAGCAUGUUAGCAUGCUACACUGGCUGCAGCGUAAAUGUUGCUAAUACCACCUACCUGGCACCAACGUUAGCAAAACAAAACUGAGAUUGCUUGUAAAUCCUAUUUGACUGAGGCAGACUGCCUUUUUAACUACAUUAAAUUCCCCACCGCUAAACUAAAGGCGGUUGUUGCAUCUAGCCACUUAACUGUAAACUACAUUUUAUCUGACACUGACAUAAAAGCUUCAAAAUGCACGAGUGUGGUGCUUACCAACAUAUUUUAUGUUGUGGAACACUAGGUUAAAAAUAUCUUAAACCUGUGUUAACCAAAGACCUUAUCUCAGACAUCUAACCAAAAACCCAUUGACUUAAAGACAAGGGAACCGGAAGUGAUAAGAAUGCGGACUCAUUUCUGGGUUAUAGCACUCAUCCCUGCAGCAAUCUAUGGUUGAUGAAGUACCUUUACUUGAGAUUUCUCAAGAGCUGCCACUUAAGGAGGAUUUACUCCAUUCAGGCCAAUUAGUGGUUGACCUUUCGUUUCCAGUCUCUUAUAUUAUUGUCGAAAGAACUGGAAAAAAAUGUGAUUGACUCAAAGGAACAAGAUAACUCCUCUCAAUUAGACUCCAAAACACUUGCAGUAAAAAUAACCACUUGCUUAUAUAUUUGUAUCCUAAUAUAGUAAAGCUUUCUGUGAUUGACAGUAAGCUGACACUGUUUGAAUAAUCUGUCAAUGUCAACAUUUAGAACUUUGUGAAAUGCAUUUUAACAUUAAAACAUAGUAAGUUAUAAACUGCAUAUUAUGUGCUUCAAGAUGUAAACCACAUAUUGAUUUCAAAGAGUGAUGUUUAAUAUGGCAUAUUACAUGUCAAAUCUCCCCUCACUGUAGUCAUUAUGAAAGUAUAUUGUUCAUAGGCUUUUAAUCGUUUUAACUUCAAACCCACAGCCUUUUUUUCUCUGCUCUCAUAUAUCAGGUUACCUGGUUUAACAAGAUUUCUCAUCGCAUAUUAAAACUCCUUUUAUGCUCAGGAUGAAUCCGUGUAUAGAACAUAUAACAUUUUACAGUAAAGUACUCAUGAUGUUAAAGGUUUCAGGUUGAGCUAUGAUGUGAUUAAAAGUAAGUAAUUUCCAUUCAAAACAAUGCUGUAUUAUAGAGAGUAUACUGUAUUUCCUCUGGAGACCUGAUGUGACUGCUUCGUACUUCUCUGGUUCUGCAUUCCCAAAAAACAUGAACUGUAAACUUGUGUGGUGUGGCAGGCCUUUUUUUCUUCUUCUUUUUUUUACAGCUGUGUUGUAAUUAUGCAUUCUUGAAGAGCCAAUUAAAUUUCACAGAUGUUCAGAAA